UUAGUAGUCCUUAAGGAAGGGACUUCUAUAUUACAGGAGAGAGCUAUGCAGGACAUUAUGUUCCUCAGCUGAGCCAGGCAAUUGUAAAACACAACUCUGCAACAAAGGAAAAAGCCAUUAAUCUGAAGGGUUAUAUGGUGGGAAAUGCUUUAACUGACGAUCACCAUGAUCACUUGGGGCUUUUCCAAUUCAUGUGGUCAGCUGGCUUGAUAUCUGACGAGACAUACAAAUUACUAAACCUUCUAUGUGUUUCUCAGCCAUUUAUACACUCCUCGAGUUCAUGUGAUAAGGUUCUCGAAAUUGCUUCUGAAGAACUUGGCGACAUUGAUCCAUAUAGCAUCUACACUCCCGCCUGCCAUGCUAAUGGUAGCCAAACAAAUCAAUUGCGGAAAAGAAAGCACGGAUCUGGUAUAUUGUGGAACAAGUAUGAUUUUCCUGUAUUCUUGCUCUCGGAGAGUAGUACGAAGACCAUCCAAGAGGUUUCUGAAGAAAUUUUGAAGAGACAGAGAUCUUAUACCACUGUUGUGGCUGAGUUUGAUCUUGUGAUGCAGACAGUGAAAGCUGGAACUCGUGAUUCAGAAUCUUGUUUGAAAGAGGAGACCUGCCUUCCAUUAGGGGGAUACAGUGUUUGGUCAUCACUUCCUCCGCUUAAUAUCUCCUCCUUAGAUCAGGGUAAGCCUAUUAUAUUGACUGUGGCGUCAAUGGAUUCGGCUUCAUUUUUCCGUGACAAAAGCCUUGGUGCAGACUCCCCAAUAUCAGGCAUGAUUGCACUCUUGGCAGCGGGCGAUGCACUAUCACAUUUGGAGGCUUUCCAUGACCUUAAUAAAAAGUAUAUGAUUUUCAAUACGUCUUUAGACAUGUAA